AUGAAUCGAGGUCGACGUCGUGGUGGUGGUCCGAACUUAUCAGGUCUUCGUGAUGGUGUGAAACGUCGUCUGUUUGAUCCCCACUCUGUUCCUACCAAACCUGAUCCUAAGUUCGAGGUCAGCCGUUUGAUACCUUUCACCGUCCCUAAGGUUACCAUUAACUCAUCUUUAAGCGAUUCCAGCGCUAACAAUAAUCCAGACGUAGUAAAAGAUGAUAUCGAUAGUUUACAGAUAAAUUUGUUUGAAAUGACGGCCAAAAUGGAAUCUGCAUUUCGUUCUGGUCCAUUUUAUCACUCAGUUCCAGAGCUAUCAGAAGGAAUCGAUGUAUCGUCUUUACUAUCCAGUAACAGCUUAAAUCUCAGAAAAAAAUCACAAAAUAUGGUAUCUCUUUUACAUCUUCUGGUCUCUCAUGAAAUUAAUCAGUGGUCUGACGAAGAUAUGAACAUAAAAGAGCCUGAGGAUUUCUAUCCCAAAGAACUGAUUUCUCGAACCCGAAUCAAUUUAAAAAGUAGUAGGCGUGCCACGCGCAAAUCAAAAUUGGCUUCUCGACGUAGUAAGCAGAAUUACUGCGAUAUUGAUCAAGUUAUAACUGACAGUUUUAUCCAACAAGUCACUGAAACUCUCCCAGAAAAUGACGAAGAUGUAGAGAAAAUCGAUGUAAAUAAUAGUGAAAAUGAAGAUGCAGAUUCAGAAGAUGCUCGGUGGAAUGGUGAUGUCAAUCAAAAUGAUGAAAUUGAUGAACUUGAUGAUGAUGAAUUUGAUAAUGAUUAUUGUCAAGAAUAUUUCGACAAUGGUGAAAAAGAUUUUAGUGAUGAUGGUCUAGGUGGUGAUGAUGAUGGAGGAGGUGCUAAAUUUUAUGAAUAACAAAUUUCUUUAAAAAAAUUUUUCUCUUUGUUUAUAUGAAACAAUUUAUUCUUUAUAUAUAGA